AUGCAGCAAUUAAAUCCGGCCCUGGUGGACGCGCACGAAUCGCAACUAGUCGGCCUGUGCGUGGGCGUGUGGGCGGGGCGCCCUCACUUGCCGCGCCCGAAGCGCACCACGUCCCAGGGCUGCGGGCGCGCGCCGCCGUCCUCCACGUCGUCCUCCAGCGCGGGGUCGGUGAGGUUGGCGCGCGAGAGGCUGGCGUCGGAGCGGGCGCAGGCGGCCCGCCGGCGGGCGCCGCCGGCCACCGACAGCGUGACGGCGACGCGGUCCGUGAACACGGCCACCGUGAACGCCACCAGCCCCAGCGCCAGCACCAGCAGCGUCCCGCCGCUCAGCCAUUUGCACAGCGACGCGUCGCCCCCGCCACCGCCGCACACCUUGCGACGUUUUAAGCGAAGUGCGGCUGAUCACAGAACCUUUGAGCGGGGUCAGAAAGUCCCCGCUUGCGACACCACAUUGGCACAGCGCCACGGGUUGACGAAGAAGAGCGCCUCGGGCAAGCGCGCCAGCAGCGAGGCGUCGUCGGCGCUCAGGCUCUCGAUGGCGUUCUCGCUCAGCGCCACGCUCCACAGGUCGGCGACGAGCGCCAGCGCCGGCGCCGGCACCGCCUUGAAGCAGUUGCGCUCCAGCUGCAGGAGCUGCAGGCGCGGCAGCUCGCGGAAGGCCGCCUCGGGCAGCGCGCGCAGCCCGCACCCGGACAGGUCCAGGUACUCGAUCACGUCGGAGCGGAACAGCGGCUGCCCCUCCGCCAGCUGCAGGCCCACGUUAUCUGCGCACGCCGGCGGCGGCCACGCGCCUCCCGAAUCGUUUAGCGACAAUUUGCCGCAGUCAGACGGAAAAGCCAGGCCCGGGCAGCCUCAGGGGCCUCUCACAACGUAA